CCACCGCCUCCUCCGUUACAGCCACUUUGUGCAGUGCGCGUCCCCGAUUACCUCUCUGCGGCUCACAGUGGGGGUAGCAGGCUGGAAGUGCGUCCUCCUCCUCGGUCCGUUCCGCUCGUGUCGUCCCGCUGCUCGGCUCCGCUCUGCAGACAUGGCACCUGUCCUCCAAAUGUUUGCUGUCAUGCUGGCAGCAGCGCUCCUGCAAACUGCGACAUCGGCCCACCUCAAUGACACUAUUUUUGCAGUGACUGUGAGCUCCCGUGUGACAGCAGGGAACCAGGAGACGUUGUGCGCCCUGAUCCACGGCCCCACGGAGCCCAUCUCCCUGAACAUCACCCUCAAUACGGAAUUUGGCAAGAGUGUCAUCCUAGAGGAGGAUGUCAAGGAGGACUUCUACCGCUGCUUAAGCUUCCAGGUCCCCACAGUGCCCCGGAGGACUGUGGCGAGCAUUCAUGUCACAAUUCAGGGUGAGAACGCCUCACUGGGCAAGAAGACCAAAGUCCUCUUCGAGCCUCCUGCUUUCAUCCAUGUCGUCCAGACUGAUAAACCUAUCUACAAACCUGGGCAGACUGUCCAGUUUCGGAUUGUCUCCCUUGAUGCCAAUUUCAUCCCUGUUAGUCGAGUGUACAAGGAAGUGGCGCUCCAGGAUCCCAAUUCUAAUCGUAUUGCCCAGUGGUUGGACAAGGCCAUUGUUAGCGGCAUCCUCGAUCUGUCACACCCCAUGAUUCCUGAGGCAGUACAAGGAACCUACACGAUCACCGCCUUGACAGACAAAGGAGAGCAAAUAUCUCACAGCUUUGACAUCAAGGAAUACGUUUUGCCAAAGUUUGAAGUAAAUGUUAAACUGCCCAGUGUGAUAACCAUCCUGGAUGAGGAGGCAACGCUUAGGAUUUGUGGAAAGUACACCUAUGGAAAACCAGUUAUUGGUUCAGUGAAGGCAGAGUUUUGUCGACGCGCCGUUCGGUACUGGUAUGUGGUACGUUCCACAGACAAUGACAUCUGCAAGACUUACCACUUGACUACGGAUAAAAGUGGAUGUGCUACACAAACUGUGAAUCUGACAGCAUUUGCCCUCGACAAGACCAUGUACACUGAUAGUUUUCAGGUGUCUGCAGAAAUGGAGGAGUAUGGCACAGGGGUCAUCCUUAAAGGCAAUGGGAGGACCACCUUCAACAGCCACAUCAGAACUGCCAGCUUUGAGGAUGUACCUGCAGCAUACAAGCCUGGCAUCCCGUUUGAGGGAAAGAUCAAAGUGGUCGGUCCAGACAAUAAACCAGCCUCCAAUGAGCCAGUGUACCUGUCUGCUGGUGACUUACAAAAAUUAGUGUUGACCACAGACAGGAAAGGUGUGGCUUUGUUCUCUCUGGACACCUCCCUCUGGAAGGACAGUGUCUACCUGGUGGCAAGUUCUAAAAAUACGACGGAUCAUCAUCCAUAUGUGCAUAAUCUACGGAGAGCAGAAUACAGGUCAGCCCACCACCACGUCACGCCAUUCUACUCCAAGAGCAGCAGUUUUCUGAAGGUCAUGCAGGUCAACGGGAAGCUCUCCUGUGACAAAGAUACAGCUGUGCGUGCUCAGUACAUCAUCCAGGGGGAUGAGCUGAAGAAGGGACAGGAGGUCCUUGAUUUCUUCUACCUGGUGCUGUCCAGAGGAGCAAUUGUGCUACACGGUCGUGUCCCAGUGACUGUUAAAGCAGGAACUGUCAACAAAGGACAAUUGUCCGUACCACUCAGUCAGAUGACAAAUCUGGCACCAUUUGCCCAGGUGGUAGUUUACACUGUGAUGCCCAGCGGAGAGGCUGUGGCUGACAGCCUGGACUUUCCCAUUCAGCUCUGCCUUAACAACAAGGUGUCUUUGAAGUUCUCAUCUCUCCAGGAGCUUCCAGCAGAGAAGACCACACUGAGCCUCCAGGCUCACCCAGGUUCCAUGUGCUCCGUCAGAGCUAUCGACCAGAGUGUCCUCCUGCUGCAGGCUGAGCAGGAACUCAAUGUCGGCUAUAUGUACAGCCAGCUGCCUGUUCAGAAGCUGUCGGGCUACUCCUAUGAGGUGGACGACUUCGAGCCAUAUCCAUGCUUCCCCAUGCCAGUACCAGAGCCAGAGAUUGAAAUCGCACCAGAAUCAACAGCAGCACCAACAGCUGUACCUGCACCAGACACUGUUCCCGACGCUCAGGCAAUUCGUCGAGCAACACGAUCCCUCUUCUUUGGAAAUUCUGAUCAGAAGAAUGAUGUCUACAGCAUCUUUAAAGAAAUUGGAAUCAAAAUCAUGACGAACUCUGAUGUGAAAAAACCUUACGACUGCCGUGAAAGAGCCUAUGAGUAUUUCUUAUAUGAUGCUGAUGUCGUAGACUCUCCUGUUCCUAUGGCCUUCAACAUGAUGCCACAGAACUCUGGUUUCGUCCUGAAAGAGAAAGAGGAGGAGAAAAAGAAGACCGUCAGAACGUUCUUUCCUGAGACCUGGAUCUGGGACCUAGUUCCUGUGGGAGACAGUGGGGCAGUGGAUGUGGAGAAGACGGUGCCUGACACCAUCACUAAGUGGGCAGCUGGAGCGUUCUGUGUCUCCUCUGUGGGCUUUGGUGUGUCUCCCAACACAGGACUUACAGUCUUCCAGCCAUUCUUUGUCAGCCUCACCUUGCCGUACUCAGUCAUCCGAGGGGAGGUGUUCACACUCAAAGCCACUGUCUUCAAUUAUCUCUCCAAAUGCAUUAUGGUGAAGGUAACUCUGGAUGAUUCUGACCAGUACACCUUUAGAAACUGUGAUGGCUGCCACUACACUAUAUGCCUGUGUGCCGAAGAGAGCAGGACCUUCUCAUGGAUUGUAACUCCAACUGCCCUAGGUAAGCUGAAUCUGAAGGUCAGCGCUGAGGCCCUGAAGACUGACACACUGUGUGGCAAUGAGGUGGCCACCGUCCCCGACGUGGGCCGAGUCGACACUGUGAUCCGCACUCUGCUGGUGGAGGCCGAAGGAACGCCACAAAUGAUCAGUCACAACGCUCUCCUCUGUCCUACAGACGGGCCUGUGGAGAAGAAAAUCUCUCUUCUGAUGCCUGAAAUGUUUGUGGCUGGAUCAGCCAGAGCAUCUGUCUCAGUACUGGGUGAUCUGAUGGGCCGAGCCAUGAAGAACCUAGACAAGCUCCUGGAGAUGCCAUAUGGUUGUGGAGAGCAGAACAUGUUGCUGUUUGCUCCCAACAUCUUCAUCCUCAACUACCUGAAAAGCACUGGUCAGCUGACUCAGAAGAUUCUGGACAAGGCAACACAUUUCCUGGAGAGCGGAUAUCAGAGGGAGCUCACCUACAAGCACGACGACGGUUCCUACAGCGCCUUUGGAAAGAGUGACGCGUCUGGAAACACCUGGCUGACCUCUUUUGUGAUGAAGUCCUUUGGCGGUGCGAGACCAUACAUCUAUGUGCAGCCCCAGCACAUCAAAGAUGCCAGGAGGUGGCUGUCUAAACACCAGCGGCCCGACGGUUGCAUCAGAUCUGUCGGAAAACUUUUCCACAAUGGCAUGAAGGGAGGAGUGAGUGACGACGUGUCCCUGACAGCCUACAUCACAGCCGCCCUGCUGGAGCUGGACGCUGACGCCACAGACCCCGUGGUACAGAACUGCCUGAGCUGUCUGAAGGCAGCAGUGGCCGGCCAGCUGGACAACCUAUACACCACCGCCCUGCUGUCCUACACCUUCACACUGGCUGGAGACCAGGACAUGAGGAGCAAACUCAUCACCACCCUGCACCAGAAGUCUAACACACAGGGAGGCACCCGUCACUGGGAGAGAGCUGGAGCUUCCAAGAAAGUCCUGGACUCUCUGGAGGUAGAGAUAACUUCCUAUGUGCUGCUGGCUCUGCUGUCUGGUCCAGCCAUGCCAGACUUCGGAUUGGACUACUCCUCCGGUAUCGUCCGCUGGCUCACUCAGCAGCAGAACCCUUACGGUGGUUUCGCUUCCACACAGGACACUGUGGUGGCCCUGCAGGCGCUGGCUAAGUACGGCGCUGCCACCUACAGUCCGGAGGGCAGCACUACGGUGACGGUGACAUCUUUAGGAGGCCUGAACAAAGAGUUCACGGUGGAUCAGAGCAACAGGCUGCUGUACCAGGAGGAGAAGCUGAGCGAGGUGCCCGGAGAGUACACAAUCAAAGCCCAGGGACAGAGCUGUGUGCUGGCACAGAUCUCCAUGCACUACAACAUCCCCCCUCCAGCCGACUUCUCUGCCUUCAACAUCUCCACCAACACCAUGGCUAAAUGUAACAUCAGCAGGCCGCAGCUCAUCCUCUUUGUGCAUGUCAGAUACCAGGGCAGGAGAGAGGAAACAAACAUGGUCAUCAUCAGUAUCAAACUGCUGUCUGGAUACAUUCUGGAUAAGAGCUCCCUCUCACUGCUGCAGAGAGAUCGCUCAGUGAAGCGCGUGGACCUGGACGAAGGAUUCAUCAACAUCUACUUAGACGGGCUGAAGAAGGCGGAGACGCAGAUAUACAGUGUGACUCUGGAGGAGGAUCAGCCUGUCAGGAACCUGAAACCAGCUGUGGUUAAAGUCUAUGAUUACUACCAGACAAGCGAUGAGGCGGUCACCGACUACACAUCCGCUUGUGCAGAGAGUGACACCAUCAACGAGCUGUAAUUUCCAAUUCCUGCGAAGCUGCGACAGGAAGUGCUUCAGUCGGAAGAAUCACUGUGUCAAAGAGAGAAACUUCUAGGUGUUUAUUUUUUUUCUUAGACCGUUUCUUUAACUUUUUUACUUCUUUUUAGCCGUGUUUCAUUGAGAGGGACUCCCACUUUGUGUAAUUGUAGGUGCAAGUUUGAUCUUUUAUUUGUAGCUUUUGAUUGUUUUGUGUUCUACUUCUGGUAGGUGGUAGCAGUGGUGUUGUCCUGCAGAUCAUGACUGCGUGUAAUGAAACCAAUAAUCAGUCAGCUUGAGAAUCCAUACAGUAGUUAGAGCCGCAUCUCUCUUCAACACUGGAACCUGCACAUUAUAACCCAGCAAAGCAGCCACCGCUCUGUGAUAGAUGUUUUUAAUAGAUUUGACAAAAUCCAUAUUCAUACAUGAAAGUGACGCAUGAGACAUACAGGGUACCAAUAACAGUAUGGUCCGAGUACUGAGUGUGUGUGUGUGGGUGUGUGUGGAGGUGUGUGUGUGUGUCACAGGAUCUACUCUCUAGAAAAACAAAAGUACAGUCUCAUGAGUGCUAGGUGACUUAUUCUUGGUGUGUGGGUGUGUGUGUGUGUGUGUGCAGAUGUGUUCUGCUGUACCAGUAAAAAACAAAACAAAAAACAACCAAGGUAGAUUGAUACAUCACUACCAUACAAUUUGAAAUGUAACUGACUGACAAUAAAAUUUCUAAAAUGACAAAAAUAAGUAAAAAUUGUACUUCUGUUCAUACAA